UGACCGUUUCCAAAACCAUAUCCAGUUGCUUGAGUAACUACUUUUUGGGCGUAACCAGGGGGUGAUGUUUGACCCAGAACAAUAGAAUACUUCCGGGUCACGUACUACCAUCUUCCUGUUUAUUCGGAAAAUCGAGGCAGACAACGGUUUGGAAAAGUUCCCGGCCUUCCGGAACUAAAAUCACAAAAUAAGCGGCUUUGGAGACAACCUACUGGUGUUUGUGUGCAAGGCUAGUGUUCAACUUUGUUCAGAAGUUGCACAAGAUCUAGGAGGAUGUCGGCAACAAGCAGUGCCCAGAGUUUGGGUGACGUCAGGAAAAAGGCGAAAAAGGAUUCUUCUGUGCGAUCUAACAAAGAGGAUAAACGCUACAUGUGUGAGGAGUGCAGCAGGCAGUUCAGUCAUCGUUGUAAACUGAAGACUCACAUGCGGACUCACACAGGGGAGAAACCUUACAAGUGUGAGGAGUGCAGCAGGCAGUUCAGUCGACUUGGUGAUCUGAAAAGUCACAUGCGGACUCACACAGGGGAGAAACCUUACAAGUGUGAGGAGUGCAGCAGGCAGUUCAGUCGACUUGGUGAUCUGAAAAGUCACAUGCGGACUCACACAGGGGAGAAACCCUACAGGUCUGAGGAGUGCAGCAGACAGUUCAGUCGGCAGAGUGAUCUGAAGACUCACGUGCGGACUCACACUGGAGAGAAACCCUAUAAUUGUGAGGAGUGCAGCAAGAAGUUUAGUCGGCUGGGCCAACUGAAGUCUCACAUGCGGACUCACACAGGGGAGAAACCUUACAAGUGUGAGGAGUGCAGCAGGCAGUUCAGUCGACUUGGUGAUCUGAAAAGACACAUGCUGACCCACACAGGGGAGAAACCCUACAGGUGUGAGGAGUGCAGCAGGCAGUUUAGUGUGCUGGAUAAUCUGAAGAGUCACAUGCGCACUCACACAGGUGAGAAACCUUACAGCUGUGAGGAGUGCAGCAGGCAGUUUAUGCAUCCGGGCAGUCUAGAGAGACACAAGAGAAUUCACACAGGUGAGAAACCCUACAGGUGUGAGGUGUGCAGCAGGCAGUUCGGUGAGUUGGGUGCUCUGAAGACUCACGUACGGACUCACACGGGUGAGAAACCCUAUAAGUGUGAGGAGUGCAGCAGGCAGUUCAGUAAUCUGGUUAAUCUGAAGAGACACAUGCGGACUCACACUGGGGAGAAACCUUACAGGUGUGAAGAGUGCAGCAGGCAGUUCAGUCAGCCAGGUGAACUGAAGACUCACAUGCGGACUCACACAGGUGAGAAACCCUACACAUGUGAGGAGUGCAACAGACAGUUCAGUCGACUGGAUUCUCUGAAAAAACACAUGCGGACUCACACAGGGGAGAAACCCUACAGGUGUGAGGAGUGCAACAGAAAGUUCAGUCAGCUGGGAAAUCUAAAGACUCACAUGCGGACUCACAGGGGAAACUCAAAGGUGUGAGGAGACCCGAGUUCAGCAGCCAGUUGAGUGAGUCAGGUGAUCUAACUCAUGUGCACUCGUAAUGAUGGUGCGAAAGUGAAACAGACAAUUCGGUCAGCUGUUGAUCAUGAAGUUUGUGUUGUUGGGGCAACAGCUUUUCUAUUAUCUGUGUUGGAAGUUAUUCUGGAUUAGAUUUGAACUGGAUUUUGUUAACCAAGUGUUGAACUGUACUUUCAAACACAAACAAUUGGGUUUACACAAAUCUUCGAGGGACGGACUUCAGGGGCAUCAAUGAAUGGACUAGUUCUGUGACGUCAUGUUAUGCAGAUACAGAUACGGCGGCUGCCAUAAACUUUCCACUCAUUGAAGUUCCCUUAGUCAUGUGUUCUAUUUUAGACGACGCAUAAGCGUUGAACUGCUCAUCUCAUAACAAGAGCUUGAGUUUGACCGUUGAAAAUUUACAAAAAAAAUGCAAGUUUUUGUGCUAGAAAUUAGAAUAGGGCAUUUUCCCUGUUAUUGAAGUAGUUAUGAUUCCACAUGAAUGAUUGGUUGUGGUUUUAUAGAAGUUAGUUUCUAAGAUGUUAGUUUUGUUGGAAGCGUAUUGUAUUCAAGUUUAUUUCCUGUCUUUUAUCUUCUUUUAACUUCUUCAUAGAACAAAGUUAGCAUUGUUUUUGUUAAGUAGAACAUAACGUUGUUUUCUUGAAGUUUAACGUAACAUUUUAUUUAAAUCUAGUAUCAAGGACGUUAUAUAUAGUGCUUGCUAGAACCUAACAUACAGUUUGUAAGGUAUAACUACAGGUUGUUAUUGGACCUUCAUUGACAAAUGAGGAACAGUAGCAAGUUAAUGAGUACAAGGGGAAGGAGUUCCUCCUUUACGAGUAAACUUACAACCAGCGAUGAUGAUAAAUGUAUUAUUUUCCUGUUCUUCUUGGAAUAGUAGCUCUAGCUAUGU